GAGACAGACAGGAUGGAUUUUCUCCGGCUCCAUCUCCCUGGGCUGCAUCAGGCCUUGAGGGGGGCAUUGGAUUCCCUCGGCACGUUUGUCUCCUACCUUCUGGGCGAUGAGGUCCCCACUGCAGAGAGGAGGGAGGCGAGGCCAGCUAAGGAACUGGGGGAGGUGGCUGCAGGGAGGCCAGAGAAGACUGACGAGCAGGAAGCCCAGGAAGCCCUGGAGGGCCUUGGAGGCAAGGGGGGUGGGGGGCGGAGAGGGCCCGGAGAGGCUGGAAGAUGCCAGGAGGGAGGCUCAGCUGCAAAACAGACCUGGGGUUGGGAAGAAGGCAGCUGCCAUGGGUCUCAAGCAAAUAGGCAGGACACUGGGGCCUGGGAAGGACCCAGGGGUGCCAGGUGCCAGGCGCCAGGUGCCCACUCAGAGGCCAAAAAGCCAUCCGAGGCAGGGUCGAAGGCUGAUCGAGACAACAGCAGCCAAGCCGAGGAGAGUCAAGGGCCCGAUGAGCAGGAAGUGAACAGAGAGGGGACACUGAGAACCUGGGAACAGGAGGAGGAGACGGAAGAGGUCAGGGAAAGAAAAGCAGGGGUGGCCGGAAAGGCGGAGUCAGAGUGGACCUGGCACAGGGAGCCUGAGGGCAAGGUAGCAGGGGGCAGCAGGGAGUCAUUCGAGCAGGCGUUCCAGGAGGCAGUUGCAGAGGAGAUCCAAGGGCCUGGGGCCAGAGAGGCUGGGAGGGAGGAUGCGGUGAUGGUGGUCCUAGGGGCUUGCCCAAGCACAAGGGUACAGAACACACAGGAAUCAGAGACAGAAUGUGAGGCCGGGGCAACUUCAGGCAGGGAGGAGGCUGGGACAGCCUCAGGUGGAGAGGAGGCCGGGACAACCUCAUGCGGAGAGGAGGAGGCCAGGGCAGCCUCCAGUGGAGAGGAGGAGGGCAGGACAGCCUCAGGCGGAGAGGAGGAGGCUGGGGCAGCCUCAGGCGGAGAGGAGGAGGCCGGGGCAGCCUCCAGUGGAGAGGAGGAGGCCGGGGCAGCCUCCGGUGGAGAGGAGGAGGCCGGGGCAGGCUCAGGCAGAGAGGAGGAGGCCAGGGCAGCCUCUGGUGGAGAGGAGGAGGCCGGGGCAGGCUCCGGCGGAGAGGAGGAGGCCGGGGCAGCCUCCGGUGGAGAGGAGGAGGCCGGGGCAGCCUCCGGCGGAGAGGAGGAGGGCAGGACAGCCUCAGGCAGAGAGGAGGAGGCCAGGGCAGCCUCCGGUGGAGAGGAGAAGGCUGGGGCAGCCUCAGGCAGAGAGGAGAAGGCUGAGACGACCUCAGGCGGAGAGGAGCCUGGGGUAACUUUAGGCAGGGUAGAGGCCAAGAUACCUUCAGUUGAGAAGGAAGGUGACCUCGCGGGAGCCAGGGACACAGAAUACGGGGCAGUAGCCUCAGGAGAAAGGGUCUCGGAGGGCACUCGGAGGACCUGGGCAUUAGAGGAGGGGGCCGGGGAAGACCAGGAGGAGGAGGCGGGUGAGAAUAGAAAGGCUGAGAUGAGCUUUCCCCGCAAACGGCUGCAGCCUCUGGGAACGGAGGGCAUGGAGGAAGCAGGGAAGGACGAGAGAGCAGGGAGGGAGCCUGUAGAAGGCCAGGGGCCAGAGGGGGAGGGAGAGGGGUUUGAGGUCCAGGCAGAUCAAGGAGGGGAAGAGGCCGAGGGAAGGCACGAGUCGGUGGACAGGACAGUUUCGGGCAGCCUGGAGGAGGUGGUGCAGGCAGAGAAGGCCAAAGAGGAGGGAGAGGGCUGCUGGAUCUCAGAGGCUGAGUUGCCCACGAGCAAAGUGGCAAAUGGGGCUGAAGUUGAUGCUGGCUUGGAGGCCACCCCAGAGUCCAGCCUUGAGAAGAUGAGGGAGGAGAAGAAUGAGGGGGAGGCCCAGGCAGGUGGAGAAACACUGGCGUCAGAGCGCAGUGGCCUUGAGCCCGAGGUCACCGAAGGCCAGGACCCCGGGUUGAUGGCAGGCUCCCAGAUCCCUACAGAGCAGCCUGAGGAAGGACAGGGGGACGAGGAAGAGCCCUGGGCCAUUCCAGCCCUGAACAAAGAGGAGACAGAAAGGAGCCUGGAGGAAUACCCCAGGAUCGUGGCCUGUGGAAAGCCGGAUGCCUCUGGGAUAGUAGCCCAGAGGAGGGAUGUGGAGAGAGGGGAUUCUCAGCAAGAAAAAGCAGAUGCUGAGGAGGAGGAGGAGGCUGUAGGAGGCCAGGCAUCCAAGGAGGCCGAGGCCGAGGGAGGCCGAGAGUCUGUGCUCCCAGAUGUCCCGGAGGCAGGCGGGGAGUGGAAGAAAGCCGAGGAAGCAGAGUGGGGAGCAGUGGAGGGAGAGGCCCCCAGAGCACAGAGCCAGGCCCUGGGUGGAAGGCUCAGUGCAGAAGCGGGGACAGGCCCGUCACUGGGAGAGUCAGGUGCCAGAGAAAGCGAGGAUGAGGAUGUGGCGGAGGCCACAGUCCCCUGCAGGGCAGACACAACAUCCAGUGGACACUGGGGGCUGGAGGAGGCAGCUCUGAGCCUCCAGGAAGACACAGGGGCCGGUUUUUCAGCUGCUGAGGUCGUGGGGGAUGAGGCGGAUGGAAGGGCCGCUGUGGCUGGGGGAGGGCCCAAAAGAGAGGCUGGGGAGGCUUGGGAAUCAGAAGGGAGGCAGGAGCCUGGGGGAGGAGAAGAGCUGGUGGAGGCUGCAUGGGAAAAAAGCCCCGGGGGGCCAGAGUUUGGCCCGGAGAGCUCGGCAGACAUGGAGGUAAAUGGCAGAGGGGGCCAAGCAGAGGCUUUUGAAGCCAGAGAGGGUGAGCCCAGGAGAGAGGGCACAGAGGUUAGGGAAUCUGCAGGGGCAGAGGGAGGCUGUGAGAUGGAUGGCUUGACCUCGGGUUCCCCGGUGGAGAGGGCAGAGGGGACCAUGGCCACAGGAGAGGCCGAGGGGGUCCCGGGAGGGCAGACGCUGUUGGAAAAGGAGGCUUCGGGGGUGCAAUGGAAGGAGCAGGGGCAAGGCAGUGAGGGGCAGUGUGGGGACCACCACCCUGAGGAAGAGGCACAAAGGCCCUUUGAAGUGGAGGAUGUUGAGCUGACUGAAGACCAGAGAGCAGAGGCUGAGGAGAUUGUUCCAGAAGGCCUGGAGGCCGAACCUGGGCCACGCGGGGAGACCGCAGGACUGACCGGAGGGGAUGCUCACAGCGGCAGCUGGAGUGAGGCCCUGCUCCCCGGGUCUCGCCUGGACGUCUCUGUGUCGCGGAGCCGUGUACUCCUGUCUCGAAGCUCCUCACAGCGUCGCUCCCGGCCCUCUUUCCGACGGCCCCCCGCCCCUGAGCGGCAGGAGGAGCCUCCCAGCCCCCCACCCGAGGAAGAGUGCUUAGCUCCUGAGCCAAGACUUCUCCAGCCAGAGGAACCCCGAGAGGCAAGCCCCCCAAGGCCUGAAGGGACCCCGCUGCCGGCCAGGAGAAGACCCCUGGGACAUGGGUUUGGCCUUGCGCACUCCGGCAUGAUGCAGGAACUGCAGGCGCGGCUGGGCCGGCCCAGACCCCAGUGAGCGCCCCGAGCCCUUGGGAGCUGGGCCCUGAACGAUGCACCCAGAAGGGUCCACCAAAUCCCGCUUGGGCUCUGGCCCCUCUGCCACUUUGGACACACCCUUUCUGCCCUCUGGGCCUUUGUUUCUUGGUGUGCCAUUCUGGGAGCGGACAGAGGCAGGCGUCUGCGAGCCGCGUGUACGUGAACGGGAGGAGACCGACCCUGCCGCGUGGCUGAUGGACUCCCCGGCCUUCUGCGACCGCGCCUCUCGCGGCCUGUCCUGACUACCCCUCCGAGUCAUCUCUGCGGGACUGAGAGGACAGGACAGUUCUCCUCCCGGCCUUCCCUCCCUGACCUCUCCAGUCCCCACUGAGGCCUCCAGAGGGCUGUGAAUCAGGAGCGCAAAGCUCAGGGGUGGGCGCUGGCCCAGAGGAAAGGGGACAGGAGGCCUCAUGAGCUCCCUCUGCGAUCAGAGGUUGACGGGAGCCCAGCAAGCCAGUCUGGGGGAAGGUAAGCCAGGAGCCCCCAAAAUGUAGGACCAGCGAGGGGUCCAGGGUGGCCAGAGACUACAGACUCCAUGCCAGGCCCUCUGGUCCCUUGGCGUCCGGUGCCCCUUCUGUGAAAAGAAGCUGAGGCCGAGAGAGCAUGAGAGUGCUUUAUUCGGCAGCCCGCGUGGCAGCCUAGCCCGAGGACAACUAGCAGGCUCUGAAACAAUAAAUAAACCAUCAUUUUCCUAAACAAUAAAUAAAUAU